GCCCGACGACAAGUUUCUCUUCUAGUCUCGUCCCCCGCCGUCCCGCCCCUCCGCCCGCCGCUUGAACCCCGCCUCGGAGGUCCGCCGCCGCUCCCUGCAGACCUCCCACAGUCCUGCUCACCGUUCUCCACAUCGCCGAGCACGCCUGCCGCACUCCACCGCUCCGGACGGCACGCUGCACGACCUACACUCGUGUCUCCUCGCCUUUUCCGUCUCUCAGACGCAGCACUAGCUCCAGGUUCAGGGCCUCGCGGCUUCGCGUCUUCUCCUCUCCCUCGUUCCUACACCUACCCGUCGGCCAUCUCACCCGUAAUCCACAGACUUUAUGAGUUCUGUCUCCAGGCCGCACCGAACAGCAUUUGCGCUACCUCCUCGCCGCGUCCGUGUUGUCUUGCGUCAUAAGUAAACCCUGAACGUACCAGAACCCUAGCUGCCCUCGUGGCCAACCUAGAACAACUGCCGUUCUCGUCUCAUCUCUCUCUUUCCUGUCUUCUGAUACCGCCGCCGUCCACAGAGUACGUCCCCGCCUCGAUUGUCGUUGAUUUAACUCACUUUCAGCCGUUCGCACGGACGUCGUGCAGCGUUACAUGGGAAUCAUUCUCUCACUUUUAUUCCCUCGGCACUACAUGUUUGCGGAACAAUCCGUACUCUCUUCUCCCUCGUCUACUACAUCCUCCAGUCCCGCAACCACCUUAGGCCCUGACCAGACGCCUCCUACAAGCCCCCUACGGCCCAGUCACCGGUCGCCUACCAUUACUGAAUCAAGGCGCUCAGACGCACAGUUGUAUGUGCCGCACGCGGUAGGCUUAGGUUUGGUUGGGCCUCGUGCACAUAGAGGUUCCAUGUCGCCUUUCGUCCUGGACGCGGGCGCAAUAGCGCAAGCUAAGUCGCCUCCCGUUGUGCAAGCGAGUUCUUUCGAGGAGGAGGGGUCAGCACCGCUCCAGCCGCCACAAGAGCAGCACCCGAACCAAUUCGACGAUUCAGCAUCGAUGUCACCGUCGUCGCCGUCUCUAACCUCAGCGCAAGCGUCCGCUGCGAACUCCAUGUAUUUCCGGCCAUCUACGAGCUCUAUUGUGCAGCGCCCGUCUAGCCCCGGAGCCAGCACCUCAGAAUUCGACAUCGCGAUUCCUGCUGCUCACUAUGCUGACAUCUCCUUUGUAACCGCCGGGACUGCGAUGUCGCCCCCGGCGUCAGGUUCUUCAUUGCCGACUCAUCAUCCGGAAACAUCGUCCGAUCCGAUACUGGGCGGCGGCUCAUCGCUAGACCUUGUGCAGGAAGUGCCCCUUCCUCCUGCGGGCGUUGGGGAAGGGAGCCUCGACGUGGACUUCACAGAAUUCGACUCCGAGGGUCUGAGCGCUCUCGAGAAAAUCUAUCUCUUCUCGCGCAGCCGAGCAGGCUUCCAGCGCAUUUUCAUCGCUCAUGCUCUACCUAGCUUCCUGAGUCAUCGGCGGGAAAGUCUCUAUAGUCAAACAGAGCAGAACGAAGACAGUCCUGCGACGGAUGAGAUAACGCCCGCCGAGGCUGUCGAGUAUGUUUUGCCGUUGCUUAAUAGCCUCGCCACGGAUGAAGACGAAGCGGUCAAAGAGGCUCUCGCCGCCGAACUCGUGCCAAUUAUAUGGUGGUUCAUCACACACUGCCAGCUCGUCGAAGAGGACGAUGCUGAAAUGGACCAGUCGACGCAGUUGGCGGAUGAGCCUACGCGGAUAGCUGUGCAAUCGUUCACACCGAUUUUGGGCACCCUUCUACUGAGUCCGAACGGACUGGUUGGUGGACCAGCCAGAUUUGCAGUUGUGGAGCUUUUGAAUCGGGUCAAACGAGCGGACGCGAAGGACCGUCGUGAAUCCCAGAGGCCCGAGCAAAGCGCUUCGGGCUCGGGCAGCGUUUCAAGCGAGCAACGAGAAGGCAGGGCCGAUGUGACGAUAGAGUCGGGUCAGGACUCAGACGAGGAGGACGGCUACUCACCAACUGGCCUUUUCGGCUCGCUGGAACGACUACUGUUCGAACGCGAAAUACUGCAGCAAGUCGUGAUCGGGAUGGGGCGCCUGGAUCUUCCAGACGAGCAUGCCCAGUCCGUAGCGCAAGCCGGCGAGAUAGUGCACACUUCCAACAUACCAACACCCGUAUCGACAGCUCAUGUGCAUCAUGCGCAAGGCGACGAAGCAUCCUACUUUCCUGCUGUAAACCCGAGACAAAGUAAUCUUCCAGUAGGGAACAGUUCGACACCUUCAGCGACGGCGCAGCAACUGGAAUCGCCACCUUCUCUGUCUCAGCCCUCGAGUCCUUGGUCUUCCGAUGACGCUUCUCCAUCCUCGAUACAUUCCAUCUCCUCCCUGAGCUCCGCGGACUACUCACCGUCCUCGAUAAACUCCGGGUCUAUUUCCUCUUCCCAAGCUCCUAUCACACCACCCAACUCUGUACAGGACACCCUGCUUGCCUCCGAGGAUGCGAAGGUCCAUCAUUCUUCACAUCUAGCCUCUCCACCGCUUGUAAAAAACGAUGAUCUGCGAACACCUGAAGUCUGGGACUUUGCACACAGCGCUAGCAUUCUCGGCCCACGCCCUCAGAGUCCCCAUGUUGUAGGCUCUCCGCCUUAUACUCUUCAUUCGCUCAGCCCCCGUCCGCCCAGCCCCCCUCUAUCCACCCCCCGCCCUCCUGGUCCUCGACCAUCGAGCCCAACGUUACCAGAUAAGAUGUCACACGCACCAGUGCAAUCCUCUGUUGUAGAACCAGGGUUUAUACCAGUAGAACUUCACCCUCCAUUCAUACCCGACAUGGCAUCGACAAAUUCUGUAUUCGCAUCAGGGCUGGCGUACCACACAUCCCAUGAGAAUACUGACAUAUCUGCCCUUCAGCAGCUCGAGGAGGACGACGAGACGAUUGAUGAAGCUCAGCUUAGCGAGGAGGCAUCUGUGGGGAGACUGUCGAGCAUGAGUUUGAUGGCCGCGGUGACCGCAAGCGGCUCUAUCGAUGAGGAGACGAAAGCCGUUUUUGUCGCGGAAGUCGAACGUGUGGGUCGAGACCCCGUUUAUUGGGUACGCAGGGAGGCGAGUUUUGCAGUGGGGGCGCUCGCCAAAGUGGUCCCGCAGGAAGUCGUGCUGAUAUCUCUGCUCCCCCUUAUCGAGUCAUUCUAUCGCGAUUCUUCGUGGCAUGUUCGCCACUCUGCGCUCUUCGCGCUCCCAGCUAUCCUUUCGCGUCUCCCACCGCAGCAGCGACGAUCUCUCGCACUCGAUGUUAUCCUUACACUCGCCCGCGACGAGUUGCGGACGGUGCGGACGGGUGUGCUUGAGGCUCUUGCCGAAGUUAUGUACACAUUCCACGAAGACGCAGACGGCCCCCCAGACAAGCUCUUACGGCUCUUUCUCGGCGUCCGAGAGCCCGACGAUCCGCGGCUUGCGAGGCAGAAGGUUGAGGAGUCAUCUCCAUCGUCUCCACCCGCUACGCCGAUGAGCUGGAGUGAGUUUGUCUCAUCCAUGUCAGCCGGCUCACAACAGUCGCAAGAUUACGACAUCUACGAGGACCCGUCCCGGCCGCUUGUCUGUGCGUUCAACUACCCAGCCGUCGCCCUCACCCUCGGUCGCGAGCGAUGGCACGAAAUCCGCGAGCUAUACCUCACGUUGUCGCAAAACCCAUCCCUCAAAGUCCGGCGCACGCUCGCCGCAUCGCUAGGCGAGAUGGCGAAGAUCGUUGGCGCUAAGCACGCGAAGCAGGAUUUGUUGCACGUCUGGCGAUCCAGCGCACGCUCUGAAGAAGGCGAGAUCCGGUUGAAGGCUCUCGAAUGUCUAGAGACCUUCGUUCCUGCUCUUGAGGAAGCCGAACGCGCCGAACUCCUCAGAGACUUGAACGGCGAGGUUUGGACGCGGCUCAGAGGCUGGAGGGAGAGGGAGGCAGUGAUAAAAGCGUUGGGGGGUUGGGCGUCAAUCAGCGCCAUAGACGAGAAUGUGCUCCGGGGGCUCUUGCGGAAAGGACUGCAAGACCCUGUCGCAUCAGUCCGUGAGGAGGCGGUUCAUGCGCUGGCUGCAAUGGUGUCUGCUUGGGCGAAUCGGUCACAGAGUCUUGAGCGGCUCUGGGACCUGCUACGAACCCUCGCCAUCUCCAACUCCUACCGAUACCGUAUGGUCUUCCUCUCCUGCUUCCAGACGAUCCUGUUGGCCACAAAGGACGUCGGUCUGGUUUCCAAUGUGUUCGUAAAAACCUUGGAGUCGCUGAGCUGCGAUCCGAUUGUGGACGUACGCAUCAGACUGGCUAGGUUCCUGGGAACUCUCCUAGAGAGCUUCCCUGGUAUACCUGAAGCGACAUCCCAGGCCAUGAGAGAAAUCGCAAAGCGCCUCGCAGAAGAUUCUUCUCAUGAUGUAAAAGCCUUCGCUCGGUCGCUGCUUGCAGGCUGGUCUUCCCAAAAUCCUCGUAAGCGCGAAACGGCCGAAGCUACCAAAUCUGCACAUAUAUUCUCACGGCCACCUCCGCUAGCUCCAAGUUGAUACGCUAUCGGCGUAUCCAGCUUGAGCUCCUGUAAGGGCGAGUUACAGUGCCCUUCCGCCCAGCACUUCCUUGUCUAAAUGAGACGAAUCCCCCCUACACAUUGGCUCAGCAACUUUGAAUAGUGGGGAUUUCGUCCAGGAGGUAUUGUUGGUGCCGCCACAUGAGCUGCAAUGGAGCCACCGCCAUUGGAAUUCCACGCUCCCGUCUUGCAGCUUGGAUGUAAUGAGAGUAUUUGCCAUCGUAUCAUCACUGUUAUCAUCGGUCGGAUUAUUGUAGUCUCUGACUCUUAUUUUGCUGUAGCUUUCCUUUCGUCUCACCUACACAUCGUCGUCUUGCUCAUUGACUUCCAGCAUUCUCGCGUUUGUAAAUUAUCCGUCACGAUAAGUCUUGUUACACGUCGCUUAGUUAUAGCGCUCCGAUGUUAUUCUUGCAUUAUCUCUACCUAGUCCUGUAUCUAAUAGAUCACAUACUAGAUUUCGCUGCUUCCAGGCUGCUAACCAUCACCUCCCGCCCGCGGCGGGCGCACUUGAACCCGCUCAAUACGACGCUUGCUGUAUAAGGCAGCUACUUGGGCGUAACCGCGUGUCGGAGCAACAAUAAGAGCAGGCGCCCUGCUCUCUUUGUCCCCGAACGCGACAACAGUCGUCCACUCAGCGCCACGGACAAUGGGCUAAAGGCGUGGCCGCGCAGAAGCUGUCUCCCUCCUGGCGACUCGCCGUUUAUGAAGCCAGCUUCUGCUCUCCCACCUCUCUCCCAUCCCCCCACCUUCCUUCUCCUAUUUUUGCAGCCUCGGCUCUGGCAGUCGUUUGGUCUGUAGUCCCUCGUUUGUAGGACAUUGUUUGAGCCUCGAAGCCCGGAAGAACUUUAUGAUCGCAUGAAAGAUCUCGACUCAUGGAUCUAGGACCAAGUUUCAGGAAAUUCAGGACUGCUGCUUUCUCAUGCAUAACGUUGAUCAGCCUGGUAUGGACAGUGCUGGCCACCGUUGUUCUCUAUAUGCACUGGGGUGAUGGGGGUAGCACCCAAACAUCGUUGAUUGUGAUCAUUCUCUGCGUAAAUGUUAUCUCCGCCGUAAUGCUCCCCGCUUUGCUAUUGGUAGAAUUUCGGGUUUGGCUGGACGCUGCAAGAAUGGCCUGUCUCAUUGUGGCUCAACUUUUCGCUGCGGUCGAGUUCACGUUAUGGGCCGUAAAGUAUCAGUGUCCGACGACCGAUGAUGGUAUCUGCAGCCUCAUGAAUGUUUACGUCUUAUUGGCUUCCUGGGUUAUACCACUUCUUCGUAUGUGAAUCUGAAGGAC